UUUUUUCCAGCAUAAUAAGAAAACGACACCCCACACCACCGGGAGUCGCCGUCGUUUUGGCGCCGGUGCCUCCGCCUCCGACGAAAUUUCCGUCCUCUCACCUAAAUAAUGGCGCGAAGCGUCGGGUUCUCUCUGCCGGUGACCGUCGUCGUCGUGGCCAUCGGCUACAUCUACUUCUCCACCGUCUUCGUUUUCGUAGACCGGUGGUUUGGCCUGUGGUCUUCGCCGGGGUUAAUGAACGCCGCCAUUUUCACCGCCGUGGCUGCCAUGUGCAUCUAUAAUUAUACCGUAUCCGUAUUCCGGGAUCCGGGUCGGGUCCCCUCCACGUACAUGCCCGAUGUCGAGGAUUCCGAAAACCCUAUCCACGAGAUCAAGCGCAAGGGAGGGGAUUUGAGAUAUUGCCAAAAGUGUUCUCAUUAUAAGCCACCUCGCGCACAUCAUUGUCGUGUAUGCAAGAGAUGCAUUUUACGAAUGGACCAUCAUUGCAUAUGGAUCAAUAAUUGCGUUGGCCAUACAAACUAUAAGGUCUUCUUCGUGUUCGUUGUGUAUGCUGUUAUAGCAUGCCUCUAUUCCCUGGUGUUGCUAUUGGGUAGUCUAGCUAAUGAUUUUGAAAAGGAUGAGGAGCAAAGUGCAGACUCAUAUACAACUGUAUAUAUCAUUUCUGGGUUAUUGCUGUUUCCCUUGUGUGUGGCACUGAGUGUGCUUUUAGGUUGGCAUAUCUACCUCAUUUUGCAAAACAAGACCACGAUUGAGUACCAUGAAGGUGUAAGAGCUAUGUGGCUUGCUGAGAAAGGGGGACAAAUCUAUUCGCAUCCAUAUGAUCUUGGUGCCUAUCAAAAUUUGUCAACGGUACUGGGUCCAAACAUCUUUAGUUGGUUACUCCCAACAUCAGGACAUAUUGGUUCAGGACUUCGCUUCUGUACAGCCUACGAUUACCCUUCCAGUGGUUCAACAUCAAAAUGAAAUUUUCCCUGGCCAUCAUCUUGGGUUUGCAUUGGUGGGAAUGAGGCUUACCUAGUGUGACAGAUUAUGUAGGGUUUGCUGUCACGAUGAUGUCUGCCAGUCCUUUUCAAAUGUCCUCCUAGGAGUCACUCCAAAACAAGAAAAGGGCUUUUCUUUGUCUCUUACUAAUGCAAAUCAUGGUCUUGGAGCUCCUAAAACUGUUUCCCUUCAAGUAACAUGAUGUUACGGAAGCAACGGAGUAUAGGGUCCCUGUCAAUAGCCAAAACCUAGUCAGUCUUUGAGAAACUAGACACCAGAUAUUUAUCCUUUUGUUCGGAUGGUUGCUCCAAAAUUAUAGUUUUAUACUUCACAAAAUGGUCUCAGCUG